AUGCGCUUCUCCGCCACCGUCAUCAUCGCCGCCCUCGCCGCCACCGUCGCCGGCCUGCCCGUGAGCAGCCCAGCCGACAUCAGCCCGGCCUUCGCCUCGGCCCUCAAAGAAGGCGUCGUCGUCGAGGAAGCCAAUGUCGUCGAGACCAGAGCCAACACCCCCGCGGACGUCAAGAAGCACGACGACAACCACGCCAAGAAGGCCGCGAACAACUGCGGCCAGGGCUGCGAGGACUCGCUCAAGUCAUUCCACUCCCAGGCCUCCAAGGACUCGAAGGCGUCCAAGGCGUCCAAGGCCUCGCAGGCCUCCAAGGACUCCAAGGCGUCCAAGGCGUCUCAGGCCUCGAAGAACUCCCAGAACUCCAAGAACUCCAAGCCUCGCGAUGUCGCGAACCUUGAGGAGGAGAUGGAGGAGUAG